AUGUCAGCUUCAGCUUUCCUUAAAACAAUCACAGCUCGUCGUACUCAUUACGCUUUAAAAAACACUUUACCAGAAGGUGUUACCAUUGACAAUGUUCAAUCAAUUGUUCAAGAUAUCGUCAAAUACACUCCAACUUCUUUCAACUCACAAUCAAUCAGAGCCAUUAUCAUUACUGGUGAAUUACACAAAAAAGUUUGGGAUCAAGUUGUAAAUGCCAUUGAAGGUGAUUCUGGUAAGAAAAGACCAACUUCAAUUCGUGAUGAAGCUUAUGGUUCAGUUAUUUUUGCAAUUGAUUCAGAUGUUACUAAAAAAUUUCAAGAACAAUUUGCAUUCAUCGCUUCAUUAUUCCCAGAUUUUGAUCUCACUUCCAAUGGUGCUGCUCAAAUUAAUUCCUGGGCCGCUUUACAAGAAAUUGGUUUAGGUGGUCAUUUACAACAUUAUAACGCUGCAGUUAAAGCUGCUUUAGGUGAUAAAAUUCCAGAAAGUUGGAAUGUUGAAGCUCAAUUAGUCUUUGGUACUCCAGUUUCUCAACCAUAUGAAAAAACAUUCAUUGAAAAUGAAGUUAAAGUUUUAGAUCAAUAG